AUGCUAAUCCCUCGCAUGCACACCAACAUCCCAGCCCUUCAAUCUGAUAACAGUUCCGGUUGUAGUAAAAGGUAUUCCGGUGCAGUCGACCUAUUUACCCCAUUGGCUCUCCAUCUCAUGGAUAUAGAGAGCCGGAGAGUUCGAUGUCGGCGGAUACUUAUGGAUCUGACUGGUUGUCCGGAAGAACAAGCGCAAGUGCAAGGGCAAUUCAACUCGGCAGAGGGAGGGCAAUUAUGUACCUCUUCAGCCUGCCUCCCAACGCCUGAACUACUGACUCUCUCGGCAGCGAAAACAUCAACGACGGCGAUGAAGAUCGCAGAAUUAGUCAGCUUACCCGUAAAGAGCUUCGUGGGAUCCAGAGUCAUUAAAAAGCACUGCUCAAAAUUGCGUACUGAGGGAAAGGAGAAUGUUGGAUGUGGCAGAAUCAUGGAUUAUAUGCGUGCCUGGGAAAGCGUAAAACGAAAGUUUUUGGGGAGGUAUUCGACUGUGUGGGUGUAUAUUAUUGUAGUAGCCCGAGAUCGGUUGUCAGGUAGUAGUGCGAUGAACAUCAUUCCCUCAACGCAGAGCGCAUUAACACGGACGUACCAAUUUGAAAACCGAAACACAGAUUCAAGGCAAUGCAUUCUGAGCAAACUUAAACGCGAUGAUACUCGGGUUUCUCGAACCAAGCUUCAAAAUUUUGGAGUAAAUGACCGCCCAGUAUAG